UGCGUCACCGAUGACUCGCUGUGCGCUGCCUCAACUUUUUGACAAGUGCUUCAGUUAAUCACCUCAUACAAAUGGAAUAAAGACGACGAUGGACUUCUUCUGGGGGAAUAUCUUCUUCUUUACAGUCAUAAUUACUGACAGAGUUUGGCACUCACAGUCCUUCAACGUUGGCACUGCAGGAGCCAAGAUUUUCAGUGGACCAGCAGCGGAAGAGUUUGGCUACUCAAUCCAGCAAGCAACAAACCAUGAGGGCAAAUGGCUCCUGGUUAGUGCUCCAUGGAGUGGUUUCAGUCGAAACAGGAAGGGGGAUGUUUACAAGUGUCCAGUCUCAGGGUCCAGAAACAGCUGUGACAAGCUCAAUCUUCAAGACUCUGUCAGUAUUCCAAAUGUUAAAAACGCCAUCGAUAAUAUGUGCCUCGGGCUGACUCUUACCCGGAUGCCUGCAGAUGGUUUGAUGAUGUGUGGUCCUCUUUGGGGACAGAAGUGUGGUAAUCAGGACUUCUACCCAGGAAUAUGUGCAAAACUGAACCCCCUCUUUCAACCUCAACCCGCCUUUUCUCCUGCUGUCCAGACAUGUGGAGGGCCUAUGGACAUCGUGAUUGUUUUGGACGGCUCCAACAGCAUUUAUCCUUGGGAACCAAUGACCGCGUUCCUCCAGAAAUUAAUACCUGCGCUCGACAUCGGACCCCAAAACACACAGGUCAGCGUCAUACAGUAUGCAGUUAAUCCCAAGUUUGAAUUCAAACUGAACGAGUAUAAAACCAAGGAUGAAAUGAUAGCUGCAACAUCCGGAAUCGCACAAAUGUAUGGUUCCUCUACCAAUACCUUCCAUGCGAUCCAGUAUGCCAGUCAGUGGGGUUUCAAUCCAAAAAACGGCGCUCGACCAGGCGCUGCCAAGGUGAUGGUAGUCGUCACUGAUGGGGAGUCUCACGACGAGGCUUUCAGAGAUACGGUCAUUGCCGACUGUGAGAAACAAGGCAUCACUCGCUUUGGUAUUGCUGUGCUGGGUUAUUACAUCAGAAACAACAUCAACACAGAAAACCUGAUAAAAGAAAUCAAAUCCAUUGCCAGUUUACCCACAGAAAAGUACUUCUUCAAUGUGUCGGAAGAGGCAGCCCUCUCCACCAUCGCUGGAGCACUGGGGAACCGCAUCUUCAACAUAGAAGGCACUGGAAAAGGGGGUGAUAACUUCAAGAUGGAGAUGUCUCAGGUGGGAUUCAGCGCUCACUACUCCAGCCAACAGGAUGUGCUGAUGCUGGGAGCAGUGGGAGCCUAUGCUUGGAGCGGGACCGUCGUCCAUCAAAAAGGGUCAAUAGUAGACAUUCUCCCUUUCUCAGCCUUUGAAGGAACUCUUCAAGACAGGAACCACAGCUCAUUACUGGGUUACUCUGUCACCACACUGAGCGAUGGGCCUACAGAAUACUUUGUAGCUGGUGCACCUCGCUCCAACCACUCUGGACAGGUUAUCGUUUACACCGUCAACGCCCAGAAGCAAUCUGCUAUCAUAGAUUCAGAAAGAGGGAAACAGAUUGGGUCAUACUUUGGAAGCGUGCUCUGCUCCCUGGAUGUGAAUAGAGAUGGGGUGACAGACCUCCUGCUGGUUGGUGCGCCUAUGUUUAUGAGCGAGCUGAAGAGAGAAGAAGGCAGGGUCUACCUCUUCUCUGUCACCAAGGGUAUACUGAACGAGCAGGGAUUCCUUAAUGGUCCGUCCUCAAAUGAGAACGCACGUUUUGGGAUGGCCAUCUCUGCUGUUCCUGACUUGGACCUCGAUGGUUACAAUGAUGUUGUUGUUGGAGCCCCCCUCGAGGACAAAGGAAAAGGUGUUAUUUACAUCUACAAUGGGGAGAAGGAGACAUUAAAGCAACAGUUCUCACAGAGAAUUCUUGGCUCCAAACUGGAUCCUCAAUUGCAGUAUUUUGGAAGGUCCCUAGAUAGCUACAAAGAUCUUAAUGGUGAUACAAUCCCUGACAUCUCCAUUGGUGCAUAUGGCAAAGUGGUGCAGCUUUGGUCCAGAGGUGUUGCGUCUGUCACCGCUAAAGCGUCUUUCAACCCCAAUAAAAUCAACAUUUUCAACAAACCCUGCGACAUUAUUGGACGCAAGCUUACAUGUUUCACCGCCAACCUCUGUUUCAGUGCUGCAUUCAGGCCCAAGAACCCCGUUGGACCCAUUGAUAUAUCCUAUACUUUGACUCUGGAUGCUGACUUGCAGGCUUCACGAGUGACAUCAAGAGGACUGUUCACACAGAACAAUGAGCGCUUCCUCACAGAAAAGGCAAAAAUAUCAUCUGCGCCACUGUGUCGAGACUACCAGGUUUAUGUUCAGGAGGCACCAGACUUUGUCAAUUCCCUCAGUCUGAAAGUAGAAAUCGAGCAGCAAAAUGCAGAUGUGAACCCUGUCCUCGAUAUGUUUUCUCCAAGUGCCUGGGAGUUUUUUAUCCCCUUCACAAAAGACUGUGGCUCUGAUGACGUGUGUGUCAGUGAUCUGGUGCUAAGUGCAAAGACAGACACAAAGGCGUCCAGCUCAGCUCCCGUUUUGGUCAGCACUAAUAACCGAGAACUGUCAUUUGAAGUUGUUGUGAAGAAUAAAAAGGAGAACGCAUACAACACUCAGGUGUUGGCCACGUUCUCCAGCAACCUCUACUAUUCCUCCGUCUUUCCUCCUGAAACGGAUGGAGUCAAAUGCACCUCAACACAAACUCAAACUGUCACUUGCCAAGUGGGAUACCCAGCUUUAAAAACAGGCCAAGAGAUAAAAUUUCAGAUCAAUUUUGAUUACAAUUUCAAUCAGCUGGAAAACAAAGCUGAGGUGAAAUUUGAGGCCAAGAGUGAUGGUAAAGAGGAAAGACCUGCAGACAACAAGGUGGACAUAUCCAUUCCUGUUCGAUAUGAUGCGGGGAUUGUUCUGUCUAGGGAGUCAAAUAUCAAUUUCUACGUGGCAGAUGCUGCCACUCCAGUGGUAACGGUGAAAACUCUAGAUGACAUCGGCCCAGAAUUUAACUUUACAGUGAAGGUUUCAACAAGUAACUUCCCUGUCAACCUCCUGUAUCUGACCAUUGCUCUGCCGCUGACCACUAAAGGUGGAAACCCACUCCUCUAUGUUACCAAUGUGGACACACAAGGAGAUUCUAUCAGCUGUGAUUCCAGCGGCCUGGUGGAUCCUCUGAAGAUCAGUGGAAAGAGUUACAAACAGUCUUUCUCUGAGGAGAACCUCCGAGGCAUAGAUAAGCUGGACUGCAAGAGUGCAAAAUGCCAGUAUAUGACAUGCAUCCUCAAAGACACUGAAAUUAAGAGCGCCUACUUUGUGAAAGUUAAAACAAGGAUCUGGAGUGGCACAUUUCUCUCGGCCUCCUAUCAGACCAUUGAGCUGACCUCCAGUGUUAACGUUGAGACCUCCAACCCUGAUCUGCUCAUUAUCGGCCUCAAAGAGCUACCAGUGGUGCUGACAGUCAGUAAACCUGGAGAGAAGGGUGAUGUUCCAGUGGGAGUGAUAGCUGGCAGCAUCAUCGCCGGACUGCUGCUGUUGGCUCUGGCUGUUGGACUGCUGUGGAAGUUUGGAUUUUUCAAAAGAAAGUACCAGCAGCUUCAAAGGGAGGCCGAUGAAGAUGGGCAGAGCCACGCACAUGUCAAUGAAGUGUUGUGAACUGAAGAGAAAACCUUUCUCUCUUUACUGGAUUGUUCCCAGUGUGGAUAAUACUGGUACUUGUCACUGGUUCUUGUAAAGUGCAAAUGGACUACAGCUCAAUCACUGGAAGUUGGGCCUUUUACUGAAACUGGGAUUCAGUCUUCUGUCCAUUUUAGGAGGAUUACUGUUAUUGGUCUUUAUUUUUGAACUGUGUGGACUGUACAUUAACUAUUUGCUGUUAUGCACUGACUUUGAUUAAAUGUAAAAACUUUAUUUUUCCCCAACAUGACAGAACCUUAUACAGAGCUUUUUAUAGGCCUUAGAUGACAUUGGAUGCAAUGUUGUCAUUGUGAGUUUUACACUGUAAACUUAGGCAUUUUGUUUUGACAAAUUCUGGGCAACAUGGUUGCCAAAAAACAAAAAACACUGACCUUUUUUUUUAACACACACACACACACACACACACACGCUUUAGCCAGUGACUCUGUAGCAUAAACUUCUUUAACAUCCACUGUCACCUCUGGCCCUCCGGGGUUUUCUUGCAUUCAGACUAUUAAUAUCAGUAGUUUAGAAACAAACAGGAAACAAUCAGUACCGUAUCCUGGAAAGAGUGCAAUCUGUCAUCGCUCACUACAUUGUGUUUGUACUGUAUAUAUUGUAAGAUAAAAUUAUGAUCUUUCAUAUUCAGUUUUAUAUAUAUGAAAAGAUUAGUUGUUAGUCGUGAUAUUGGUGAUGUUUUGUUUUUUGUCACUCGUCAGGUAUGAAUAUUUUAGUAGCAUAUUGUUUAGGUCUGCAACUGACCAUUAUGUUUAGAAUUGAAUAAUUUGCUGAUCAUUUUCUCGAUUCAUUAAAAAAGUUUGGUUUGUUUUCAGGAAAUAUA